AUGCAUGGUUCCAGAGUAAUAGACAAGAACUUAUGUAAUUCGGACCACUGCUUGAAGCUUAUCGGUGGAGUCUUUGUUCCCCUAUUCCUCCUAUCCGUGGUCAUGCCUCAACAAGUGACAUGCACAACCCUAAACUGCCAUAAGAUUUGCAUCUGUGCCAGCAACAUUGUCAGUUGCUCUAUGAUGAAUCUGAGCAGUAUCCCAGCGCCCUUUCCAAGAUAUAUAUCAAUGCUUGACCUCAGCUUCAAUGCUAUUACCAAAUUGCCUUCAGAGUGGUCCCCUGUCAAGCUCUCAAAACUGUAUAUUCUGCUCUUGAGCCACAAUGGAUUGAAGUUCCUCUCUUCUAUGGCCUUUGAACAUGUUACGCAGCUGCGCACCCUAGACCUGUCCUCUAAUGCACUGGUGAUUCUAGAAGAAUCUAUCUUUGAGCCAUUGGAGAAACUGGAGGUACUGCUGCUUUACAACAACCGUAUUUCUCAGAUCGACUACUCAGCGUUCGUGGGCUUGUUCAGCCUACAGAAGCUCUACCUGAGCCAGAAUUUGAUCUCCCGUUUCCCCCUGGAAUUGCUCAAGGAUAGGUCCCGAUUCGGAAAGCUCAUCCUACUAGAUGUGUCUUUCAACCAGAUUAAAGCCCUGCCCCUUCAGGAGUUGGAAGCACUGCCAGCCUGGAUAAAGAAUAGUCUUUACUUUCAUAACAACUCACUCCCCUGCAGCUGUGAACUUUACAGCUUGCUAGCUCGCUGGGACAGUCGGCAACUCAGCUCUGCUUCAGACUUUAAGGACAGUCACAUCUGCAUCCUGCCUGGCCCUAAGAAAAUCUACGCCAGGGUCUUUGACCUGAACCGAGAAAUGAACUGCAGUACUGUUAAAUUACUGGAUGAGGAGGCUUUCCUAAACCAACGUCUGAUCCUAGAUUGUGACACCAAGCAGAGGAAUCCGCUUAAAACCUGGACGACGCCUGGAAAUGCAGCCAUCAUCAAUCAAAGUGCUGUCGUCCUACCAGACGGCAGACUUCACAUCGGACCUCUUAAACCAGAAGACACAGGGACGUACACCUGUUUUGCUGUGGGGGAGGCUUUUAAUGAGACUAUCUUCAUUUCAGUUAAAGUGCACAAUUUCACUCAAAGCGGCGGAGGUGAGGGCAUGAGUACAGCUUACACCACACUCGUGGGAUGCCUGGCCAGUGUGGUGCUAGUGCUCGUGUACCUUUACCUGACACCUUGCCGCUGCCCAUGUUCCAAGGGCCAUGAUCAAACCGAUGGCGGUCAAGUAGAUAGCAUCCAUUCCUCCACUCUGAGUGUAUCACCCAUUCAUGAGGAGGAAGGCCAGACAGGGGGAGGGAGCAGCGGCAAGGCCAGCCUGAGUCGACAUGUGGCUUUCCUCGACCCCAAGGAGCUUUUGGAGCAGAAUGGAAGGGUAAACCCUGAUGGGGAGGAGGAGGAGGAGGAGGAGAGACAGGGAUGCAGAGAACAGAUGAUGAGGAGGAAAUCAGAUGCAGAUUCUGUUAGCUCUGUUUCCUCUGACACCCCUAUUGUGGUGUAA